AUGGGAAACGAAGCCCCCACACCCACUUCUCUAUGGGAUAAGCUUACAGACAGGCAACAAGAGUAUGUGAGAGGUUUCCUCAUAACAGUCUUGAUCUUGAUUGGUUUAUUUGCUGUGGUUGGUUACUUUUAUUUAUCAGCCAAAAAAAUCGAUGAAAUUCAAAAAGAAGAAGAAAAUUAUGUCCCUGAAAUUACAAUCAAAUCUAUUGAUUUCACGAUGCUUAAUGUAACCGAGAGUCGUCUUGAUGUAAAGUGGGAUUUAUUGAUCAGGCUUCCAUCGGAUCUCCCUGGUUACUAUAUGUGUCUCAAAGGGGAUUUUCAGGUUUUCAUUUUUUAUAAAGGUGUUACCAUCGCUAAUUCAACCAUAGAGAGCUACAAUUUGACACCCGAGUGGGCACAGCUGCUUACUGUUUCAGCGGUUGCUUCUGAGGGAGACAUGGACGGUUUGGUUGUGAAAGAUAUUAUGGAAGAUGUUACGCAAAGUGGUGAGAUACGGUUUGGAUCGAGAUUUAUUCUUCCGGAUUGCAGAAAGUGGACGGAGGCAACUAUGAACUAUACGUGUGAUGAAGCUACGUUACGGUUCGAGCCUAGCUCUCAUAAGAAGGCAACAUCGUUUGGAAAACAGCCUACUUGCCUCUAUGUUCGUUAA